AUGGACGUUCGCCUCACGCAGACACAACCACAACAGCAAUUCAGACUCCUCGAGCUUCCGUCUGAGCUGCUUGAGCUGCUGGAAUCAGAAAACCCUCCAGAGUACGUACAGACCGGUUUGUCCUUGCUGUCGAGAACCCAGGCUGACCGUCAUAGGCUCUCCUUGAAGUCGUCCACGCCAUCUACGUCUCCAUCUACAUCUACAUCAGACUUCGUGAACCUGUGUACGCCUACAAAGACCUUCUCGCUACGACAAGUCAACUCCUCCAAUUCGAUACUCUUGAUCAAGCCCCAGGGAGAAGAAAACAUCACUUCCAUCGCGCAGUGCAAGUCCACGCUUGAAGUCCAAGCCAUGGAUGCCAACACCAGCACCAACUCUGCCCUCCUGCCGCUCCUGGCUGCUCUCCCCAUCUACGACGAGAGUGACAUCCGCAUCGACGAGCGGACGGAAGACGACGACCACCCGCUGUCCGUGGCGGAGAUCAUGCAGGAACGCUUAAAGGUGUUUGCAGAUAUACCCUUUUCCGUCGUGGAGUGUGAACGCGCCUGGACGGACAUCUGUGCAUUCGUGUACAAGAACAAGGAGUCCGGUGCCAUCGGAUGCCAUCGGCCCUCUGCCAGGGCAAAGCUGAUGGCGUGGGAGAAGAUGGUUGAAGGAGCGACGCUGCACGGUAUCGACCUGGGCAGGCAGUUCCUUGUCGACGACCUGUGGAGUGCGGUCAUCGAGGAGGCGGAACAUACGGUUAUAGAUGAGUAUCCGUUUCCCAGGUCCCUAUUUGAUGCUAUCGUGCGCAGACUCGUGGAUGAUUCGCCUGAUAUCGAUAGAGUGUUGAAGUGGGCAAAUUUUGACCAGAAUAAGACGGCUUCUUGGACCGGGGAGGUCAUCCUGGAGGCAUCUACCUCCACGCCUACGGCCAUACUCAAUCUUGAAACGUACACCAGUGACUGGAAGGAUCUCCUGCCAGAACAAUGGCGAGCAGAUGCACGCAUCGACAAUUUGAAGAAUGCUAACAUGAAGCUGCCGGCUGCAGAAAUCCUGCUAUCGCCAGCCAGAGUCGACGACUAUCUGUUUCCAGCCAAGUCAUAG